UCUUAAGAGACAGGAAAUAAUGAAGAGAAUUCGAGUAAUUUUUAAGCGCGAAACAAACAUUUGAAGAUGUUGAAUUUCUUUGCUAUGGAGAUAAAGGCAGGAAUUUCAUUUAAUGUGUUAAAAAUUGCAAUUUUCUGUCGCUUAAUCGUCCCAGCCGUAUUAUUAUGCCAUCUGCCAGAUUAUCCCAAGCAUGGGUAUUAUUCUCCUGACAAGUUAAGUUAUUCCAUGGGCGAAAGCAUCACUUAUUCCUGCAGUGACGGAUACAAUCUGCUGGGGAAGAGCACAAGAACUUGUGAAGCAACUGGCAUGUGGAACGGCCGAACACCAUUUUGUGAUAAACCAACUCAGCUAUCCAUGCCCAGCUGGACCACCGACAAGAUGGUAGACGGCAACAAAGACACCUGCCAUCCCAUAAUACACGGAAUGACCUUUACCUUGAAAAAUGCUGGAAUUGUACAAGCAAUCCGCCUCCACAUACCUGCUCAACCUGAGACAAAAAUUACUGCGUUCACAAUUCAAGAUAGAGUUGUUAAAAUCUGCAACGAUUAUGAAACAACAGCAAACACUGAAGAAUGGGUACUUUUGGAAUGUCAAAAUGCAGAGGGUAUAGCAGACAGAAUACGGGUCAUGCACAUAGGUGAAGCAGAAAAUAAAAUUGAAAUUUGUGAAAUUGACGCCUACAUUCAUAACGUAGGCGAAUGGUGUUUAUUUCCACCCGAUUACCACGUCCGUUCAGGGAACUUCGAAGUCAGCCGCGACAAAGCUAUUCUCCACUGCUCAUCUGACGUAAAACAAAGGGUUGGUUAUAUGAUGUGUCGAAACAACACGUGGACCGGUUUCGAUCUAUACUGCGAAAAAGAAUCUGAAACUACUUCAGCUGCAUCCUCACUUGUUGCUGUACAAGAAAUAAGUAUCCAGGAUUGUGCCUACCAUAACAGUAACAAAGUAAACAUACUCGUCGCAACUGUAAUCAUUCUAGUCUUCAGUCUUUUAGGAUUAACAAUAUAUGAAAUAUGGAGGCACAAAAAAUGUUCUAGAAUGAUGGGUAUGAAACCUAGCUGGUCAAGAAUGAGUUCUGAAGAAUGUCAUAUCUAAUUAUUCUGUACAAUAUAAAUAAAUGUAAUAUACUUGAAGAUAUUUAUUCAA